AGUUGUAAAUUGGUCGUAAUUGUAGCAACAUUGAAAAAAAUAAAGUUCUUGAAAUGUGGCUAGAAUUCAGUUUGAUCGAAUCCAAAGCCGAAUCCAAAAACUAAAAGUGAUUUAAAUGCACUUUAAUUUUUUUUCGUCGGAUUCUGAUUAUUUCCACUUAAUACGUGUUUCCUUCAGUCCAGUAAAUAGCAAUUUAUGUGUAUAUUCGAGGCAACUUUCGUGUGUGAUCAGCCCAUUUUUUCCCCCAUUUAUAUUUGCAGCAAUUUUUAAAUAAAAUAUCCAUUUAGAUUAGUUAAGAACAUAAAAAAGUGUUCACAAAAGUCGAUUAUGUAUUACGUAAAUUGCUUGAAAAUGGUUUUGUGUGUGCUGCUACUGUUGUUUUGCUAUGUGCAAUGCCAUCCCGGCGCAACCGAUUGCGAUAGACGGCUUGCAGAUUGUCGAUCGGAAAUUGAGCACUCCAUGCAUCCAAAUAUACCGAUGAGACAAAAACGAGGCAAAAUCCAUACAGCAGAUGUGCACGACGAUUACUAUGACGAGACGAGUUCAUUGUAUUGGGAAAGUUGGGCACAGUACACAGUGCACAAUCACUUAAGAAAAGCACGAGAGCACAAUACGAAUAAGGCCAAGAAUGUUAUAUUCUUUUUGGGUGACGGAAUGUCAAUAGCGACGCUAGCGGCUGCACGAACGUAUUUGGGUCAAAGACAAGGAAAAACAGGUGAAGAGACUCGCUUAUCAUUUGAAGAAUUUCCAUACGUUGGCUUAUCAAAGACUUACUGUAUUGAUAAACAGGUGCCUGAUUCGGCGUGCACAGCAACUGCAUACCUGUGCGGAGUUAAAGGUAAUUUCCAAACAAUUGGGUGCAACGGUCGAGUAGAAUUGAACGAUUGCAAGGCUGCCAAUACUACGGUAAAUCAAGUACAGUCGUUGAUGGCAUUGGCACAACGAGCUGGCAAAGCAACCGGAUUUGUGACAACAACCACAGUUACUCAUGCCAGUCCAGCUGGUAACUAUGCACACACUUCAAAUCGGGGAUUUGAAUGCGACAGUGAUGUUACUUACGAAGGACUGGAUCCAAAUGAAUGCCAAGACAUUGCAAGUCAAUUGGUAUACAAUAAACCGGGCGAUAAAAUUAAAGUAGUUUUCGGUGGUGGACGUGCGAAAUUUCUGCCGAAAACAACAACCGAUUUCGAUGGAUAUGAAGGUGAGCGUGCAGAUGGAAAGGAUCUGAUUGAAGAGUGGAAAAAAGGCAAACCGAAUGCAAAAGUCCUUUACGAUAAACGUGAUUUCGACAGUUUGGAUAUCGAAAAUACCGACUUUGCUCUCGGGCUGUUUGCUCCUAGUCAUUUGGACUUCAAUUUAGAUGCCGAUCGUACAAAACAACCGAGUUUGCUGGAAAUGACGGAAGCGGCCAUUGAAAUAUUACAGAAGGAUGAAAAUGGAUUCUUUCUUUUUGUUGAAGGUGGACGUAUCGAUCAUGGUCAUCACAACGCACAAGUCAUCAAGGCAUUAGAUGAAACGGUGGAAUUUUCGAAUGCCAUCAAACGAGCCGUUGAAAUGACCGAUCACGAUAAUACGCUGAUUGUUGUGACCUCUGACCAUGCACACACCAUGACAAUAGCAGGCUAUCCGGAUCGCGGAAAUCCAAUUACUGGAUUAAAUUCUAUGUUAAGCGACGUCGACAAUUUACCUUCUCUAACGCUAUCAUAUGCCAACGGGCCUGGUUUUGGAAUAUAUCAAACGCAGAAUGGCGUGCGGAAUAUAACUGAAAUUAAAAUUGAUAAAAAUACUAUUUAUCCGGGUUCGUAUCCGACUCUUAGAGAAACACAUGGCGGUGACGAUGUGGGUGUUUUUGCUUUGGGAUGUUUUUCGCACCUAUUCAGCGGAGUGUACGAGCAAAACACUAUUCCACAUUUAAUCAGCUAUGCAGCGUGCUAUGGUGAUGGGAUUACAGUAUGCGUCCCGGAGUGACAGAGAAGCAAACCGCUUCAAGCGAUGAAUUAGAGUUUUUUUUUUGCUAAACUUAAUAAGAACUUAGUUUUGAUUAUUUUGCUAUAAUUUUCAGUUAAUCGCGACUUAUGCUAACUUGCUAUAUUUACUUUGGCUUUUAUUCUUUUCAUUCUGUCUUUUACCAUUCAUUAAACCUACGUAGUAUUAAGAACAAAAAUAAAGUUAGUUGUUUGCCAAUAAAAACUGGUAACAUUUUUCUUAUAUUUUAUUUUCUU